AAAAACUAUGAUUGUGUUGCUUGAAUCUUAAAUUUAAAGUUUAAUUUUGUUUCAAACAGAAGCACCCAACUUAAAUUAAAAACACUUUCUUUAAACAUUAAAUUAAAGUUGAAAAUCAAACCAAAUUAAAAAUAACAAUAAAAUUAAAAUAAACUUCAGUUAACGAAAGAAACAAGUGUUUAAAUUGCUUCAAAAGAAAAGAAAAAUAACAAAAACUAAACAAUAAAAGUCUUAUCGGCUUAAACACAAACUCAUUCAAAAAACGUAAUUAAAUCAGUUGGAAAGAAAAAUGGUUGAAAAAGUUGAAAUGGCUAAAUUUGUGGGUGUCACCGAUAUAACGGAAAACAAGAAAAUAUGGCGAAUGUUGUUUGGUGAAAUGAUUGGUACUUUUCUAUUGGUAGUGAUCGGUGUUGGCAGUUGUACGGGCGGCAAUGAUUACUCACCAACAGUGGCACAGAUUGCAUUUACAUUUGGUUUAACAGUGGCUACAUUGGCACAGACAUUUGGUCAUAUCAGUGGUUGUCACAUAAAUCCAGCCGUUACCAUUAGUUUUAUAAUUGUUGGCGAAAUGAGUGUCUUGAAGGGUAUUUUCUAUAUAAUCGUACAGUGUGUGGGUGCUAUUGCUGGAGCAGCGGUUUUAAGUGUUGCCAUACCAGAGACAAUAGGCGGUAUUGGUCUUGGAGUUUCUUCUAUGGCAUCCACUCUGGGUGAAGGUCAAGCUGUACUUAUUGAAGCUUUAAUUACUUCAAUAUUGAUUUUAGUUGUGAAAGCUGUUAGUGAUCCCAAGCGUCAAGAUAUCAAGGGAUCCGCACCGUUGGCAAUUGGUUUGGCUAUUGUGACGGGUCAUUUGUGUGCGAUUAAACUUACUGGUGCCAGCAUGAAUCCUGCUCGUUCCUUUGGACCGGCUGUGGUGCACAGCAUGUGGUCCGGACAUUGGGUUUAUUGGGUGGGUCCAAUUUCCGGCAGCCUAAUGGCUGCCAUUAUCUACAAGAUCUUUUUUCAAGUACGCAAAGGAGAUGAUGAAAGUGAUUCCUACGAUUUUUAAUUGCAUUUAAAUUGUAAAUAAUUAAAUAAACUUGUAAAGUUGAUAUUAACUAGUAAGUAAGCUUAAAAUAAAAUUAAUUUUUUGUUGUUGUUUUAAAACAAACUUAAAAAAAUUUAAAUAAAAAUAAAAUAAUUUCACAUGAAAAUACUGUAAUUAAUAAUAAUAAUAAUAGAAUUGCUACUGUUCAUUUCAAUUUUUGUAUAAAAUCACAAUAAAUCUUGAAAUUGGCACUAAAUUUAAACGAA